UUUGGAGCGGGGGGCUGCGCUGCGCCCGCCCCGGCACACCCGCAGCCCGCUCCCAUCCGCUGCCCGACCGCGCACCGGCUCUGCCGGCAAAACAUGUCGGCCCGCUGGAGGGGAGCCCAGCCCACCCACGGCCCCGGCAGCGGGGCUUGGGGACCCUCGCUGCCCCGCUGCAAUCGCCCAGAGGGCCGCGGGGACCCGGCACGGUGGCUCCAGGGGAGGUCCCGCAGCCCCUGGCUCGGGGUUAGGGAUGCGUUGUGCCACGGGGAGGGAUUGAGGACAAACGCGUGCCGUGAGCAGCGGGCGCAAUCCGUGGGUGCCUGCUGCGCUGGGUGCCAGGAGGGUGUGGGGCGUGGGGGCGUCUCCCGUGUCAGCGAACUGGCUGGGGACGGGCUGCUGCCUCCCUCCCCUCAUCGUCCCUUCUUCUCCCCACCAUUUCUCCGUCUGCCCAACAUCCACCCAUUCAUCCCUCCAUCCUUCCAUCCCUCCCUUCCUCCCUCCCUCCUUCCCUUCUUCCUCUCCCCCGCGGUCGGAGCGGCCCCUUUAAGCGCGACGGUGACGCCAGGGGCGGGCACAUCUGGCGCGGGCUCACCGCCCGCGGGCACAGCUGGGGGACGAGGGGUCACAGCUGCCGGUACCGGUGCCGCUGCCGGUGCCUCAUGGCUCCACGCAGCGCCCUCCGGGACCUGAUGCUGGCCCUGGGGGCCGUCGUGGCCGCCCUGGGCUCCGUCCUCUUCAUCGCCUGGAAGAUCUACUUCCGCGGUACCGGCAGCGGCACCGACUGGGGCGGCUGGUGGGAGCGGGAGCUGCAGGAGCUGCGGGACCGAGCUCCCCCCGGUGACGCGCUGGACUGGCGGCAAGUGCUGGUGCUGGGGCUGGACGGCGCUGGGAAAAGCAGCGUCCUGCACUACAUCUGCAGCCAGACGGCCAGAGAGCACAUCGCACCCACCUACGGCUUCAACUCUGCCCAGCUCUACGUCGAGGGGCUGGAGAUGGACCUGCUGGAAGUGGGCGGCAGCCAGAACCUGCGAUCAUACUGGCCUCAUUACCUGAGCCAGGCCCACGUGCUGGUGUUCGUGGUGGACUCGGUGGACAGGUCACGCCUGCUGACGGCGCGCCAGGAGCUGCACGCGCUGCUGGCCACGGAGCCCCGGCUGCCCCUGGUCGUGCUGGCCAACAAGCAGGACAAGAGCGAUGCCCUGAGCAUGGCAGAGCUGCGGGAGGAACUGGCCCUGCACAUGCUCGGCGAGCAGCGGGAGCUCUUCCUCCUGCCCACCAGCGCGACCUGGGCCAGCCUGAGCACUGCCACCAGCGUCCUCCAUGUGAAGAACCUGCUGGUCACCCUGCUCUCCCAGCCCGGAGCCUGCCUGGGGGGCGGACAGGCUCCCACCCCCGGUACAGUUCCUCUUCGGGGUCUGUGGUGCGAGGUUGAAGGUGGCUGGGAAGGUGCUGCUGAAGCUCAGACUCACUGGUAGCAGGCUAACAGCCCGGGGGUGUUUGCUGCACCCCAUGAGGUUUGGGGUUGAGCUGUGGCACGGCUGCCCUCAGGGAACACGAGCAGCAGGCUCUGCUCUCUGCCAUGGGGAGAGGGCAGCCGCCCUCCCAAGUUCAGGGACAAAAUAUUCCUUGGGAUGGAGGCACAGCUCUUACCUCCCGGUGAGUGGGAACGUGCAGCACAGGGCAGGGCCCCACGGCUUGAUGGCAGCCCUGCAGAAUAUUAAAUGAAUGGGGCUGAACAAGCGAGGUAGCCCUCUCACCCACCAGCACGGACAGGUCAUCCCAGGAGGUGGGCUCUCUUUCCUAAAAAACAUGAGGAGUUACUGCUGGCACAGCCCUGCCAGUAUGGUGCACACCAGAGGGAAUAACCAGCUCAGGAUGUCCCUCACUGGGGCUGAGCACAGCUCUCAACUCCUCCAACUCUGUAUUUAAAGCCCUGUUUAGGGGAGAUCAAGUCAGGUACUGGGCAGCCCUGAACUGCCCUUUCACCCUGAGCAGGGGUAAAGAUGGGCUGUUUGGUAGGAGCAGCGCUCAGCAGGCAUUUGCCCCUCUACCUGGUCUCCCUCCCUCGACUGCCCCAGGGAGAAGGGGAAGGAGCCAGGCUCAGGGACUGCAGGAGGCCCUGCCUGCAGGCGGGGGGCUGCUGGGUCAGACUAUGGGGCAAUGGGUCCUGGAAAGCCCAUUGUGCAAGCUGGGGAGCGCACGAGGGAAAGGGAGUACGCACCGGCCAGUCUCUGCUGUGAAACCUUUUGUAGUCGCUCCUUCCUUUUCUCAAUAAAAGAGACCAAUCACUCUG